AUGUCCAAAGUCUCGCACUACAACAGCACCAACCCUGCUACCGGGCUGCUGGUGAAGAGCUUUCAGAGCGCGUCCGAUGAAGAGGUCUUCUCGGCGCUGGCAAAGGCUCACGACGCCUACAUCAAAAUAUGGCGCGAGACUCCUGUUGCCAAGCGAUGCGAAAUAGUGGGCAGAGCUGCUGCCUUGAUGCGCGAGCGUAAGCAAGAAUUAUCCGAAAUUGCCGUCAUGGAGAUGGGCAAGACCAUCGGUGCAAUGGAGGUGGAAGUGGACAUCUCGGCAGAUAUUUUGGAAUACUACGCCAAGAACGGUGAAGAGUUCCUAAAGACUGUGCCUUGUCCUGGUGUACCCGGUGCCGAAGUCAUUUCUGAGCCGAUCGGCGUCAUCCUAGCUAUUGAGCCUUGGAACUUCCCCUAUUAUCAAAUUGCUCGUGUGGCCGGCCCUCAGAUUGUGGCCGGAAACACCAUGCUGGUCAAGCCUGCAUCCACCGUGCCCCAGUGUGCCUUAGCCUUUGAGAAGCUAAUGAUUGAUGCUGGGGCACCUGUCGGGGUGUAUACGAAUCUUCUGUGCUCCGUUUCUCAGAUCAACGCCCUGAUUGACAACUUUCUCGUACGGGGAGUCACUCUCACCGGCAGUGAGCGAGCCGGUGCUGCAGUAGCAGAACGUGCUGGCCGCAAUAUGAAAAAGGUCGUGCUGGAACUCGGUGGCUCAGAUCCUCUCAUCGUUUUGGAAGAUGCAAAUCUUAAAGAAGCAAUUCAAGUGGCCGCUGCUGGCAGAAUGAUUUGUAUGGGUCAAGCUUGCGCCUCCAUUAAGCGCUACAUCAUCAUUGGUAAGGAGCGCGGCGCCGAGUUUCAGGAGGGAAUUGUGAAAAUUUUCUCAGCUAUGCAGCCUGGCGACCCAAUGGAUCGAUCAACUACACUGGGGCCAUUGUUUGCAGAGAGUGGCGUCCGUGACAUUUUGGCCCAGGUCGAGCAGGCUAGGGCUGCAGGUGCUACAGUUGUCCAUGGUGGAAAGCGUGUUGACCGUCCAGGUUGCUAUAUGGAGCCUACUCUUAUUACGAACAUUUCUCCAGAAAACCCCCUCUAUCAACAAGAGACUUUUGGGCCCGUCGCCUCCCUAUACGUGGUGGACACGGAAGAGGAAGCUAUUGAAAUUGCUAACGCGACCACCUUUGGCCUCGGUUCAUCAGUCUAUUCCUCCAACAUUGAGCACGCUAAAGAAGUUGCUGCCAAGAUGGAGGCCGGCAUGGUUUUUAUCAACUCCGCUCUUAAUGCUGGUGCUGAUGUGCCAUUUGGGGGUGUAAAGAAUUCUGGAUUUGGUAGGGAGCUUGGCGAGUUGGGAAUUGGCGAGUUCCUGAACAAGAAGUUGGUCCGGGUUCACCAAAAGUAUCUGUAA